AUGUCUACACUUAAACCAACUCUAAUGGCUGCCUGUGGUUAUGGUGUAUGGGGCGAAAUUUGUCAGUACAACUGUUCUACCACGUGUUAUUAUGGAAACGAAUGCUCAAUUAAUGGUGGCAAAUGUGGAUGUGAACAAUUGCAUGGAAACUGUUACGACUGCGCAAAGAAUUAUUUUGGUGACGUCUGUAAUAAGGCAUGUAACCAGAACUGUUCACUCAGUGACCAAUGUGUCCUGUCUGGAUUAGCAUGUGGAUGUGAUAGACAGCUAGGAAAUUGUACUAGUUGUCCUAAAACACUAUGGGGCAAUUAUUGUGACAGGUCUUGCUCGAUAAGAUGCAUCAACAUGGAAUGUCAUAGAACUUCAGGCCAAUGUACGUCUGGUUGUAAAAAGGGUUAUUAUGGAGGUGAUUGUAGUUCCCAGUGUUCAACUACUUGCCUAUAUGGUUGUGAUCAGCAAACAGCUGUAUGUUUUCCAUCUUACUGCGUGAACUGUAAUGGUGGACUACCAAAAUGCGAUCAAAGCAAUCGGAAAUGUUUGAAUGGGUGCAUAGAUGGAUUUUUUGGUCCCAGUUGUGACAAAACUUGUUCUGUAGUGACAAAUAAUACUUUAUGUACGAAAUGUCAACCAUUGAUAUCAGUUGGUAUAACUGUCUGUACGGAAUGUCAACCGGAAUAUUAUUAUGAUGGCGUUAUUGGCGAAUGCAAAACUUGUAGUACAGGUUGUAAAACAAAUAACACCAACAUAGCAAAGUGCUUUCCUAACACUGGAAACUGUCGGUUUGGUUGUUCUACGGGAUGGAGUGGACUGCGCUGCGAUACGUUUACCUGCUCAUUGGCAAAUUGCGAAUCUUGUGUUGCGAAUCAACCGACGGUUUGUGAGCGCUGCCAAGCCGGCUGGUAUCUAAACUCCGGUCAGUGCGUUAGAUGUAGCGAUAAUUGUGCGACCUUAAAUUCUUGCGAUACAACAUCAGGAAAAUGCACGGGUGGAUGUAAAACGGGUUGGUAUGGUAACACAUGUAAAGAUAAUUGUACCACAAACUGUAACCAAGGUGAGUGUGAUAGCAAUGGCAUAUGUAGUAGCGGCUGUAAUGACAAACGUUACGGUCAGAAAUGUGACUUGCAAUGUCCUAAUUGCUUAACUACAUGUAAUCGUAAUACUGGCUUAUGUGAUGCCGGUUGUGUGAACGGAUACCAUGGUAACGAUUGCUUACAACCCUGUAACUCCAAAUGCUUAAAUAAUAAAUGUAGUCAAGUAGAUAGCAAGUGUUCCUCAGGGUGCAAACAGGGGUUCUAUGGGGAAUUUUGUCAACUCCCUUGUGGGUCAAACUGUGACGGUAAUAGUUGUAACCCAACAACCGGAGCAUGUUCGGGAAAUUGCCUCUCUGGCAAAUAUGGUGAUUACUGUGAUUUAGAUUGUUCAGCAAACUGUUCACCCAGAACUUGCAUAAAAGUGGGUGGUGCAUGUACGUCAGAUUGUGUUGCCGGAUAUCAUGGUAGUCAUUGCAGUAGGACAUGUCCGUCGUCAUGUUCAACAAAUCAAUGUAAUAAAGAUGAUGGAACGUGCAGUGGCAAUUGUCCAAACAUGAAAUUCGGAACGAGAUGUGAGCUAUCGUGCAGCAGUAACUGUAAAGGUACAUCAUGUGAUCAAUUAUCCGGUAGAUGUGUGGGAGGAUGCAAAACUGGUUACUAUGGUGAUUCUUGUGAGAAAAUUUGUACCGGAUGUGAUAAUUCAGGAUGUGAUCAAACGACUGCUGUUUGUAUAGGUAAGUGUAUAGAUGGUUUCUAUGGAAACAAUUGUAAUACGACUUGUAGCAUGGGUUGCGUUAGUAGUUCUUGUGAUAAGCAAACGGGGAAAUGCAGUAGUUGUAAAGAGGGUUAUUAUGGGGAUACUUGUUCAAACAUUUGCAGUAUUAACUGCAAGUUAUCUCGAUGUAAUCAGACAACGGGAGUAUGCUCGGAAGGAUGCGCACCUGGAAAAUUUGGACAGCUUUGUGAUAAUUCCUGCUCUUCCUGUACCUUAUGCAAUCAAACAACCGGAACUUGUGAAGGUUGUGCUCCUGGAAAAUAUGGACUGAAUUGCCAAAGCAAUUGUAAUACAAAUUGUGGUCUGUCUCCCUCUGGACACAUAAUUUGUGACGGUAUUGAUGGAUAUUGCCUAAAUAGCUGUAAAGAUGGAUGGUAUGGAACAUACUGUGACAUACCUUGUAACAAUGAAAUUCAUUGCAUAAGUUCUACCUGCGAUCGUCUCAAUGGACGAUGUUCAGGUAACUGUGUUACGGGAUGGUACGGUGCUACGUGUAAUUUACGAUGUAGUGAAAAUUGUUUUGGCAAUUUGUGUGAUAGGGAUAGUGGUGAAUGCACAUAUAACUGCACGUCUGGUUUUUAUGGCACUCAAUGCAAAACACCUUGCGUAAACACUUGCACAGAUUGUGAAAGAUUAUUUGGAACUUGUUCUACAUGUCAACCUGGGUAUUAUGGGCAAAAUUGUCAAAGUCCGUGUAGUAGCCAUUGCUCGAAGUCCUCAACAGUUGGAAAUGUAGUUUGUAAUAAAUUAACUGGAAUCUGUAAUGGCGGUUGUGCAAAUGGAUGGUAUGGUCAAUCAUGCACAAAUGAGUGUUCACAGACCUGUUUCAACAGUGAAUGCGACAUAGAUUCCGGUAAAUGUUCACAGCAAUGUGUUGUUGAUAAAUACGGCGAAUAUUGUGAAAAUAGUUGUACCAAUUGUGCUGGAACUUCGGGAGGAAAUUGCAACCCUGGAAAUGGAAAUUGUUUGUUUGGAUGUGACAAUGGAUACUUUGGAAAUUCCUGUACUCAAAGCUGCUAUCCCGGAUGUAAAAAUAAAAAGUGCGUUUAUUCCUCAAACAAUUGUUCAUAUGGAUGUGAAAAUGGCCUAUAUGGAUUCUCAUGCACUGAAUCAUGUAAUACAAAUUGUCAAAACAAUAUGUGUGAUCAGAAAACAGGGUUCUGCACAUCUGGGUGCAGGCCUGGUUGGUUUGGAGAGAAAUGUAAGUACGCCUGUCCAGUUUCAUGCUCUGGUAGUGUUUGUGAUCAGGUGACCGGAAGUUGUGUUGACGUUUGUGCCGGAAGUGAUUGUCAAGGUACAACCAUUGAAGAUGAUACUGAAGUAGAUAUAGCCAUUGUAAUUGGUGCAACGAUAGGUGGCGCUGUAGUAUUGUUGAUCAUCAUGAUCAUUGUAUGUUGCCACUGUCUUAGGAACAAGGACAGACAUGAUAGAAAAAACGGCAGUGACGACGUAUUAACACCUCAUUCAGAUGAUUCUUUGGAAGGAAUAGACAAUCACCAGUUUGCCAGUUAUGAUGAAAUCAAGAAAGACGAUUGGGUGAUGCGUAAUACUAUACGCUAUGAUACGCCAAAACAAAAUGGAACCCUUCACCCACGUGGUGGAGAGGCAGACGCACAUACGGAUUAUUACGAUUUCCCGCCACCACCACCUGAAAAAACUGUUGCAGACAUAAAUUCAAUUUCCUUUACGACAGAGGGACUUCCUCCUCCGCCUUUAACUGUGCAUUUCAGUGACUUUGACGGACGAGAAGGCAUUCAAGUAGAGAUGCUCCCUCAAUAUGUGGAAUACAUGCUGCAUAAGGACAACGCAUUCGAAUCUGAAUACGAUGGUUUACCACAUGGACUUAAACAUUCAUAUGACAUAGCUUUGAGACCUGGCAACAAACGAAAGAACCGAUACAAAAAUAUUUAUGCCUAUGACCAUUCCAGGGUAGUUCUACAACCGGAAGUUAUUGAUUCUGAAGACGGAAGUACUUAUACAACGGUUGAUAACUCUGAUUAUAUCAAUGCGUCAUACUUUGAUGGGUAUCAAGAUCCCAGAGCUUACAUUGCAUGUCAAGGUCCGACAGAUGAAAUGGUGGAUGACUUCUGGAGGAUGGUUUGGCAGCUAAGGAUACAAAAUAUUGUUAUGUUAACAAACCUAAUUGAACUUGGGCAAAUAAAGUGUAAGAAGUAUUGGCCUGAUGAGAACAAGACUGAGAGAUUUGGUAAUAUAUAUGUAAAGUUUGACUAUCAGGAGACUUUUGCUGACUUUAUACUCACCAACCUCAUUGUCACAAAGAAAUCUCUCAGGUGGAAAGAUAGCCGUGUACAUGUUGAUAAUGCCAGGCUCCAGGUCAAACAUUUACAGUUUACGUCAUGGCCUGAUCGAGAUGUUCCUAAAUAUGUUACAACACUUGUAGAGUUUCACAGUAAGGUCAACAGUCUGCGUCAUGAAGGACCUUUAUUGGUUCACUGCAGUGCUGGAGUUGGGAGAACCGGAACAUUUAUAGGAAUAGAUUACUUGAUGGAUCAAGCUGACAGUGAGGGCAGAGUAAACAUAUAUAAAUGUGUAGAGAAAAUGAGGAUUGCCAGGCCAAAUAUGGUGCAAACACCUGAUCAGUACAUUUUCUUACACCAAGCAUUAGCCGAAGCACUGCUCACGUCCGAGUCUCCUGUGGACGAAGACGAGUUUGAAAAUUACUAUAAUCAAAUGCAAAUUAAAGAUCCUAGAUCAGGACUUACCAGAUUACAAAAUGAAUUUGAAGAAGUGAAAACUCAGAGAGUAAAACGUUCACACGAGGCAGCAAAAGCCGAGGAAAAUAAACAUAGAAACAGACAUUCGAAUAUUUUAGCAUCUGACGAAUGUCGUGUGUUUCUAUGGUCAAAGAUAAAAGGUUGUACAGAUUACAUAAAUGCUAUAUACUUGCCGUCCUUCAGGAACAAAUAUUGCUUUAUAGCCACCGAGAUGCCACAAUGUUCUACUAUCGUUGAUUUCUGUAGAAUGAUCUUCCAAGAAGAAGUUAGAACUAUUGUCAUGUUGGACAAUGAUACCUCAGGGAUCACCGUGAAUGAACAUUAUUGGCCAGAGGCAAAUCAAACCAUGGAAAUGGGACCGUUUUCUAUAAAUGUCACCGAAGUAAAGGAGCACAAUGACUAUACAUUAAGAAGCUUAAACUUCAAGUUCGCUGUGGAUCCUGAAAGUAAAUCAGAAAUGCUUACUGUUCUUGACCAGAAAGGAACUUAUAAAGUAAACCAGUUCCAUUAUAAGCGUUGGUCAGAGGGAAAGGUCACACCUGUAUCUGUAGAAUCUUUUGUUGAUUUUAUCAAUGCUGUCACCGAAUGGCAGUCGGAUUCCGUCAAACAUCCUAUUAUUGUUCACUGCAUGAAUGGUGCUACCAAAGUCGGACUGUUUUGUUUAGUACGAGCAUGUAUGGACAGACUUCAGUCAGAUGGAGAUGUUAGUGUAGUACAUGCACUACAUCAUAUGAGAGCCAGACGUUCUAAGCUAGUGCCAAACUAUGAACAAUACAAGUUUUGCCAUGACUGUUUAUUACGACAUUUGAACAGUGACCAUCUGUGAUACCUGAAACCAAAGAAUUAUAAAGCAUUAUUUAUAGCAUAAUUAUUUUUGCCAUUACUGUCAUUGCAUAAAGUGUGAACUUAUGUGAUGCUAAAAGUCUAGUUAAGCCGUUCCAGUUUUUGUGGUGGUUGCUCCUUGGAAAUGCAAAGAUCAAAACGAAUUGACUAAAUACUUACGAUUAAGAAUGUAAGCUAAAAUGAAUUACGGAUGCCAUUAUUAGAAUGUAUUUUGUAUUCAUCUCAAUAUUUAUUUAUUUAUUUAUUUAUUUAUGUUAUACAAAACAUAAGAUAUAAAAGUUUUGCACAUAUUUUUAAUUCAGAAUGAAACUCAUUUGGUUUUGGUUUAAUAUCACCUAAAUCAUCUUUGUGGUCAUCAGUUGCACAAAUUUACAUUUACAUUU